AAAUCAAAACCCAUUCAUUUCACUAAUCUCCGUCAGCAGUGUAGAGAAGUUGAAACGAGCAGCAGCUGGUGAAGUUGGACAGCCAUGGACGAGUGCUGCGUGUCUGCGGACGAGGCGGAGAGACUGAGGAUCCACCGGGAGAUAGAGAGACAACUUCGCCGCGACAAGAGAGAGUCUCACCGGGAGCUGAAGCUGCUGCUGUUAGGGACCGGUGAGAGUGGGAAGAGCACUUUCAUCAAACAGAUGAGGAUCAUCCACGGCAGCGGAUACAGUGAAUCUGACAAGAAAAGUUUCACGCGCCUGGUGCUUCAGAACAUCGUCACAGCCAUCCAGGCGCUGAUCCAUGCCAUGAUGACUCUACGGAUCGACUACAUGGAUAACCACAACAUUAGCCAUGCAGCGAAGCUGAGCCAAGUAGAUGCAACACUAGUGUCCACUUUAGAGUCCUGGCAGGUGGACGCCAUUAAGAGAGUGUGGAGUGACCACGGAGUUCAGAAGUGCUACGACCGCAGGAGGGAGUUCCAGUUGUCAGAUUCUGCCAAAUACUACCUGAGCGACUUGGACCGAAUCACAGCUAUAGGAUACAUCCCCACCCUGCAGGACAUCUUGAGGGUCAGGGUCCCCACCACGGGCAUCAUAGAGUACCCCUUUGACCUUUCAAAAGUGGUCUUCAGGAUGGUGGAUGUUGGUGGCCAGCGUUCAGAGAGGAAGAAAUGGAUCCACUGUUUUGAGAACGUCACCUCGAUCAUUUUCCUUGCAGCCCUCAGCGAGUACGACCAGGUCCUUUACGAGAGCGAGAAUGAUAAUCGGCUGAAGGAGAGCCUUGCCUUGUUCAAGACCAUCCUGUCCUACUCGUGGUUUCAAGAGUCCUCCACCAUCCUCUUUCUGAACAAAACAGACCUGCUACAAGAGAAAAUCACACAGUCACAUCUGGCUGACUACUUCCCAGAGUAUACCGGGCCUCAACGUGACGCUGAAUCAGCAAAGAAGUUCAUCUUGAAAAUGUACGUGCAGCGGCACAGCGGGCGUCAUAAACCUCUUUACACACACUACACCUGCGCCACGGACACGGAGAACAUCCGGGUCGUCUUCAGAGCAGUCAGAGAUACGCUCUUCAGAGAUAACCUGGAAAAGUUCAACCUUGAAUAACAGAGGUUGUCGGACAAAGUGGUGAUUUCACCAUCAGGAACAAGAAAACUGGUCACAAUCACGUGUUGUAACACUUUGAUGGACUUUUUAUCUGUUAUGUGCCGUCAGUUGCAGCUUGUCCAAACACAUUAAAGAGAGUCAAUCAGACAGCAGAGUCAGGUAAGGUGCUUUUAUCGUGUUACUGUACCUGACAGUAAGUGCCAUUUUUUUAGUUACAACAUCACAGUUUAUCAUAAAUUGUAAAUUAGCAUAUUUUCUAUUGCUACAUGAGGGAAGCAGACAGCUGCAAUGUCAGUUAAUUGUAGGGCUGAGCUAUUACAUGCACAUCCCGUAUCACAUUACUGUUUGACAGAGAGUCAGCAAAUGGUAUCGGACUGGUUUAACAAAGUGUUAUCGCGCAAGAAUGUAACUCAUCCUGCCUUACAGCUCAGAGAGAAGAAGGUAAAAGAAUAUCCAGCAGAGAACCACACUGUCUGACUGGCUUUAGUUUAUUUUUGCUAAUGUUUUUAUGUGUGCAAGAACCAUGUAGCCCAGGGAUACUCAACUUGAUUUGCCCAGGGGCCACUUUUGCAAAAUGACAGGAGGCCACGGGCCAGUUAAUAAACAAAUAAUAAUAUUAAUCAGAUGAAAUUAAUAGACAUCAAAAGACCCAUAGCUCAUAUUUCAUUGCAGCUAAUGGGCAUUAUUGGACAUUUAGUGUAAAAACAAAACAUUUGAGUGUGAAUCAAUGUAUUUUCAUUGUGAAUUAGAAAAUGGCCAGCCGGCACCCUGUCAUGGACCUGAUUUGGUCUGUGAGCUUUAAGUUUAGUAUCACUGAUGUAGACUAUGAAAUGAUUCUUUUUUACACUAAUCUUCACUAAAUAUAGAAAAUAAAACCACAUGUAAUUUGUGUUUUUGAACAACCUGAA